CUGCUGGUGCCGCUGUGUCACGUGAGGCGCCGUUUCUGAAAAUAUGGCUCCAACUAGCUCACAACAAAAACACAGUCGGCUCGGCUGACUGGCUCUAGUCCGUCCGACUGUCUGUCCAAACCGGCCGACACGCGUCUGCAAACGUCAGAAAAAAAAAAUGACGCCAACCUCGCAUUGUGCACCGGAUUCGUAGCGCGACACGAAGCCAUCAUCAUGCGUGAAGCGGGGAUUCGCCGUUAGCUCGACGGCCAAAAAAAGAACUAGCUGUCAACUGCUACAAGUGGUGAGAGGCGAGCCGCUAAGCGCUGAAGAUCAUUUUUGCAGAGGCAGGCUGAAGAGGAGACCGGCUCUGCUCUUGAUGACUGUUAAAUUUCUCCAUGGACCUUUGAUUACCAUCCUGGGGGGAGAGAUUGUGGUAAAGUCACUGGUAAGAGUGCAACUGUAAAAAGAAAAAAAUCCUUUGAAGACUUACCAUGGAUUGGCUGAUGCAAGCAGUGGAGAGAGACCUGGGAGUUGACCGGCAGCAGCAGGGCCAGGGGCCUCGUCCUGGAGAGCUUGUAGCCUUGGUUCCUACGCGCUGGGUGAUGGGUCUCAGGGAGAAGAGGGUGUUGCGUUGUGCCCGCUUUGAAAGCAUCAGCACGGCGGAAGUCUCUACUCACCUCUGGUCUUCGCAGACUAAGUUGCCGCCUGGCUGGACACGAGUAUGUAUUCAGGGCCUGAGGAAAAGCAAGCUGAGCUACAGACUGGCCAGAGAUCCGUGGCAUCAUGAAAUGGACUUGCCCUCGCAGAAUUCCUAUGUUAAAACCAUGCAAAGUGUGUCACAGCAUAAUGUCAGAAAUCUGUGGCGGGAAGCUCAUUACAAACUUGUGCAAGCUUAUACAGGGCCCAGUGAGCAGAUGCAUAUUACUGCUGUAGAUGCAAUACGCCAUGCACUGGAGAAGCUCUUCAAAUUGACCUUCAUCUCACCCGACAAAUUUUCACCUUCCCUGUCUCCAGCCAGAGAGAAGGAAAAAGACAUAUUUUUGCCACCUCGCUUGUCCUGUUUUUCAAAAUCCCAGUCAGACAGUCUUUGUCCUAAUGUCCUGCCAGCAGAGUGUCUGAUUGAGACGGCAGAAAUGAUGUAUCUGAUUCUACCCUACACUCAGUAUUCGCUUCACGACAUUGUGUCCUUCAGCCCUGCAAAGCUUGCCAACAGUCAUGCCAAAGUCUUGUUCAUUAUCUACCAGGUCCUGGUAGCUAUGCGGUCAUGCCAUACAGCAGGCCUUUCUUGUGGAGAACUGUCUCUUCAGGAUAUAGCAGUAGAUGAACAACUCUCCAGCCACCUCAAACUCAACCUUUCUCAUUAUGAGGACCUGGGGUCAGAAGAAGAGGUGACGAGUGAUGAUAGCGCAAGCCAAGAGCCAAAAAAUGUCCUGUCAACAGAAAUGAAAUGUCUGAGCCAAGAGAACAAUAGACUGUGUAAAGACUGCUUUGAUGAGCUGAAGACACUGGUUCUGGACUGGGUUCAUGGACGAGUCGGUAACUUUCAUUACUUAAUGGAACUGAACCGGUUAGCUGGACGACGUACCGGGGACCCCAACUAUCACCCGGUGCUGCCUUGGGUCGUGGAUUUUACUGUCCCUUUUGGAAAAUUUAGGGAUCUCAGGAGGUCAAAGUUCAGGCUCAACAAGGGGGACAAGCAGCUGGACUUUACAUAUGAGAUGACCAAAGAGGCGUUGGCAGCUGCAGCGGGUAAUGGAAUUGGUGUAGGUGUUGUAGGUGGAGAUAUCAGCGUUGGCGUCGGAGGUCAUGGACAAGCCGAGCACCUACACGUACCUCAUCACAUAUCUGAUGUGCUGUCAGACAUCACCUAUUAUGUCUACAAAGCCCGACAGACACCCAAGUCAGUGCUUUGUAGCCACGUUAGGUCGCAGUGGGAGCCCAAUGAAUACCCAGCCACUAUGGAGCGCAUGCAGAGCUGGACUCCUGAUGAAUGCAUUCCAGAGUUUUACACGGAUCCUUCCAUUUUCCGCUCAAUCCACCCAGAUAUGCCCGAUCUGGAUGUGCCUUCUUGGUGCAAGUCGUGUGAAGAGUUUAUUGAGGUCCAUCGGGACCUUCUGGAGAGCAGAGACGUUUCCCAGCAUUUACAUCACUGGAUAGAUCUCACAUUUGGCUACAAGCUGUCAGGUAAAGAAGCUAUCAAGGCCAAGAAUGUGUGCCUGCACCUUGUGGACAACCACACUAAUCUGACAACCUAUGGUGUAGUUCAGUUGUUUGACCAGCCCCACCCACCGCGCUUAUCUGCAUCCCAGUACGCCCCAGCAGAACCUCCUGUUCUUAGCCUCGCUGCUCUUAAUGUGCCUUCUCUACACAUCCCUUCUGUUGACGCCGUCGUUGACACUUUGGAUGGAAUGAUACCAGAAUCCAAAGGGUGCGAGUCCAAUGUCUGGACCAUGACAGACAAAGAUGAAGAGCUUGAACAAGGUACAGAAGCUAUAGACUCAUUAGCAUCGACUGGCUCGUCCACUUCUGCAUCUUGCCCUGUUAGUUUGCCGACCAUCACUGCCGGGGGAGGUAAAAUUGGUGGAGAGCGAACAAACAUAACAUCCCAGUCUCCAAGUCCAUCAUCAGCUGAUUUCUUAAGUGGCAUAGCUCCUGCUUUACGAAGUGCAGUGUUACAAAAAGGUGGGCCAAUGAACAAAAAAUAUGGGGAAAACGUUACGACUACCAAUACAGAAGAAGUUAAAAUAAUUCUCCCGGAAGGCUUCAGCCCAUUGCAACCAUUGGAAGAGCUGGAGAAGUUGAAUAACUUCUUGGUUAAAAGUCUUCAUGCUGAAGUAUUGCAUCCUGCAACAUCUUGUGACUCGGCCAGAAAGGGUUUGAAAACUGAAUCUGGACCAUCUCUCACUAACCUCUUCCAAAGGGAUGUGCAGGCGCUUGGUGUCCUCACCGCAGAAAUAUUCUAUGCUGCCAAACUCAGAGGACUGAAAGCAGACACUCCACUCAGACAGCGUUUCCAGGCUGUCGUGAAGCUGUGCUCUGCCAACCUUCGUGAUGUGCCACUGUCUUUGCACCAUGCUCUUGAGACCUUGUUGCUACUAGAGAAGCAUGCUAGAGUAGCACACAGGGAAGCACCAGUUUGCCCAGAGCCUCUUGUUUUCAAAUACGACCCUAUCUAUGAUGGUCUCCCUCCUCCAAGUCCUCACCUGUUGUUGAACUCCAUCAUCAGUCCAUUUCCUUUCCCCUCCUAUUUCGCUGCACUUCAUGACUUUAUCUUUUCCUAUCGUGCAAAGAUGGGUACUGUGUGUAGCCUUCAGGGAAGAGACAUCGUCUUCCACCUGUGGCAGCAGCUCGAAGCGCUAUUGCGGAGUAAAAUCACUGCCGAAGGUCUUGAGAUUCUCUUGCCCUUCAUUCUAACCCUUAUGCAUGAGGAAUCCACUGCUGUCUACGCAGCGUGGUACCUGUUUGAGCCCAUCUCUACAGUCUUAGGUCCCAGAAAUGCAAACAAGUACCUGCUGAAGCCACUGAUCAACGUUUAUGAAAACCCUCACUGUCUCAAAGGACGUUUCUAUCUCUACACCGACUGUUUUAUCCUUCAACUGAUUAUGAGGCUUGGUCUCCAGGCCUUUCUUUCUAGCCUGCUCCCACACGUGCUGCAAGUCCUAACUGGCUUUGAGAGCUCGGGCACUGGCGGAGAAGGUUAUAAAGGACUGAGGACUGGCCUUUGUAACCUAGAAGAAGAAGAGGACUUCCAGGUUGGCAAGGCACGGCCGUCGUCUGCGUCGGUUGGUGGCAACAUGGGCAGUAACGGCGGGGUCAGUGGAGGAGUCGGGCUGGUUGGAGACGCCGGACUAGUUGACUACUCCUCUGGCAUCAGUCUCAAUGACCAGGUGUUUCUUUCUGAAGUGGAGGACUUUCAGAAUGAGUUUUAUGUAAACAGUGGAGAAGACGGCGCUGGGAAGCAGCAGAGCCAGAACUCUGCAGCCAACGAUCCGGAUCAGGAAUCUUUAAGCGUGGGGAAAUUAAGUGACAAAAGCAGCACGAGUGAACUCUCCUUGGGUGACGAUUCAAUGCGGGACAGAGCGAGUCUGAAAUCUGCAGACAGCAGCCAGGAUCUGAAACAUGCUAGCGAGGGAGAGGACAGCGGCGAGUUAGAGGAAGAAGAGUUGGCCAGCGACAGCAAGGAGGGGACCGAUCAACCAGCUUCCCUCAACCUUGAUCUAACCGAUUCAGGUUCCACUCUUGCGACUCUUCAAGGCGAGACUAAUGGAAUGAGGGUCGAUGAGACUGAAAAGGGGAUUGAGGGUGGUCAGGAGGAAGAGGAAGACGACCGUGAUCCGUCGGAGGAGUCUGAGGAGAAAGAGCAAAAGAUUCUUUUAGAUACAGUCUGCAAAACUGUUCGAUGGCUAUCAGCAAAACUGGGACCAACUGUGACGUCUCGAUAUGUUGCCAGAAAUUUGCUGCGAUUGCUCACAAACUGUUACAUUGGACCUGAAAAUCAUCAGUUUGUGUCCCCUUCCUCUGUGGAGAGCCAGCUGGAAAGUGUGGGAAUGGGCAACGUGUAUGAGAAAAAACCUGUAGUUGGUGAUCAAACAGCCAGACCUGUUUUAGACUCUCUCAUCUACAUAGCUCAGCUAUAUGGAGAGCCUGUUCUCACCUAUCAAUACCUGCCUUAUAUAGGAUAUCUGGUGUCUCCACCAUCUUCACAGCGUCUAAACACGCGUAAGGAAGCCAGUCUGCUCGGAGCCGUAGCACUUACCCAGAAGAUCAUUGUUUUCCUGUCUGAUACCACACUAAUGGACAUGCUUAUGAAGCUGAAUCAGGAUGUGCUCCUUCCACUUUUAAAUCUAAUUACUACACCAAGAAUGGGGUUCCCCAGUGGUGUACAAACGCGCAUUGCUGUCUGCCUAAAGAUGCUGAGCCUAAUGGCUCUCAUCUGUCUGCGCAUUGGGAGGGAGAUGGUGCAGCAGCACAUGGCUGACACUUUGUGCCGAUUCUUUGCUGUUUUUUCUCUGCUCCAUUCUCUUCAGUCCCAGCUGAAUCAUGCCCCUCGGAGAACUGUGGGAGAAGUAACAGUGGUGGAUGUGUGUACACCUGAGGGGUCAAAUGAAACAUAUGAGAUGGGGGUCUUGGAGGAGCUGCAGGCUGUAUUCAAUCCAGAGAUGGCCCAUGCCUCUUACAUUCCCUUCUACUGUCUCAUAGGUGGCUCUGCCAUUCAGAAGCUGGUCCCAAAUCAUGAACUGGUCUGGCAAUUGGCCAACUCCUAUCAUCAGAGUGUGAGUCAGGGGACUACAGAGACCAGCCUCACCUCUUCAUCCAGGUUGGAACCAGCGUCAUCUUCUGGCCUCGGCAGACAAGUGGUUUCUAACCCAUUCCCCGCCCCAACGCACAGCUCCAUGACACAAGAAGACUCCCUCCCGGAGUCGGGCACAUUUGGAAGCCACCUGGUCGGAAAUCGUAUCCAAGUGUCUCGUGACAAUGAAUUCGACGGUAACACCAACCACAGCCUGGCCAGCUCCUGGGGACGCACAAGCCAUACAACUCCCGUCAUCACCACUGCCUCCACAUUUUCCAUUCCUUCAACCAGUGUGUCCUCCUUCUCCUCCUGGAUAGCAGGUCCUUCCCCAGAGGACAGUGCCCUGAAGCAAGAGCUUCCUCGUAGCAGCCGCUCUCUACAGGGCAACUGGUUAGCCUACUGGCAGUAUGAGAUCGGUAUUAAUCAACAGGAUUCAUAUUUCCACUUUCACCAGAUAAGACUGCAGAGUUUCUUGGGUCAUUCAGGCACCAUAAAGUGUUUGGCACCACUGGUGGGAGAGGAUUACUUCCUGUCUGGGAGCAAAGACAAAACUGUGAAGCUUUGGCCGCUGUAUAACCAUGGUGACGGGACUCAGGAGGUGGAGCCUAGGCUGACUUACAGUGAACAUCGAAAGUCUGUCUUCUAUGUUGGACAGCUAGAGUCCUCACAGGAAGUAGUGAGCUGUGAUGGUACUGUGCAUGUGUGGGACCAGUAUACAGGCAAGCAUAUUCGUUCAUAUGAAGCUGUGGAUGGGAAGAAUCCAAUUACAGCCGUCACCACAAUGCCAGCUCCACACUGCAGUGUUGUGUUUGGCAGUGCAGAUUCUGUUCUCCGCUUCAUUGAUCCUCGAAAACCUGGAUUGCAGCACGAAUUUCGGCUGGCAUAUAGCAAUGUUAGCGCUGGGCUCAUCCGCUACCUGGCAGUAAGCCCCUCAGGACGCACAAUAGCUGCAGGUUUCUCCUCAGGAUUCAUUGUUCUGUUAGAUGCACGCACAGGACUUGUACUGAAGGGCUGGCCAGCUCACGAAGGAGAUAUUCUCCACAUGAAGGCUGCGGAGGGAAACCUGGUGAUUAGCUCCUCCACCGACUACACUCUGAGUGUGUGGAAAGAGCUUGAAAACAAGCCCCUUCGCCAGUACAAGUCACAGUCCGACCACAUCCACGCCUUUGACCUUUACGGUUCGCAGAUCGUAACCGGAACGGUGGCGAACAAGAUCGGGGUGUACUCCAUGGCAGACAUCUCCCUGAGCCCCGUGAGCAGCACAAAGCUGAGCACAGAAAACUUUCGCGGCACUCUGACCAGCCUGGCUGUGCUGCCCACCAAGAGGCUCCUGCUGCUUGGCUCUGACAACGGGGCCAUUAGGCUAUCAGCUUAAAACAGUAGCUCCUAGCUGCACCAAACACUCUGUCCAAUGAUCUGUCUUCUUAACGGAGGCACGGAUGUCUGAGCUGCGCCUUUUGGGCUCAUGGUAGGGAAUGCUGUCAGUUGAUUUAAAUAGCUUUUUUUUAGGAAGUUGCGACAUUGUAGAAACUCAGCAUCUGCAGAAUCAUGUUAAUCCACCUUACUAGCACAGAAUUUAAUAGACCGAAGGUGUUCCACACUGUUGACUUUCAUCAUCCACUGAAAUCUAUUUCCUUUUCCUCUCGAUGUAUACUAUAUUAUAGUAAACCCGUGUCUUGACUAGGUCACUUGUAGGUCAGCUAUUUAUUUUGAAUAAAUAAAUUGGAACACAACCUCAGGAAGGUCUUAUGUAGUGUUUACACUUAUCCAAAUAGAUGCUCCACAAAACCAAAAAAAAAAAAAAAAAUCAUUGGCCUCACCUGCCAUUUUCCUUGAUGAUGAGUCUAAGCGAAUUUAAAUGCACUGAUUAAAACUAUGCAGUAUUUGUAGAGCAAAUGAUUUCUGUUAUUGCGGCUCCAUGUUUUUUAAGACCUGUUUGAUAAAGGUUUGUGUAUACAUCAUGAACAAUAAAUGUGCACUUGCUGUUGUGAGGACAGUGUCGGUGUGCCUACUCAGAGAAGUGACACUAUGGUUUUCACCCCAGACAAAUGUUAGAUACACAGCCUAGAUACUGCACAAUUGAUGCCUGAAUUGUAACAUUUAGUCUCACUCUGAUUUUAAAUACUGAAUGUUUUUGUUUGUUGUUUUUUUUUUUUUGUCUCCUAUAAAUGGAUUACUUGAAAUUUCUUCAGGAUUUUGGAGAACAUGUUUUAGCCCUGUAGCAACAUUAUGCUUUCUACAUGUAGAUGCUGCUUUUACUGGACAUGCCAGUUGCUAAGACUGACCACUUUUUUUUUAGUUUCCAACAUUAAAACCUGAUUUACAGUGCCUUGCGAAAACUUUCACUCCUCUUCAGCUUUUCACAUUCUGUCAUGUCAAACCAAAUAUUUCUAUGCAUUUUGUGGUCGACCAACAGGAAGUAGUGGAUAUUGGUGAAGUGGAUGAGAAAGGAUGCAUUUUUUUUUUUACAUGUAUUGUUGCAGAUAUUCAAAAAGUUUCGGCUUGCACUUUUGUAAAUCAUAUGUACACUCCCAUAGCUGCAGCAAACCAUUUGUUACCCCUUUUGCUCAUCUAGAUAAUUACAUUUGUGCCCAUUCUUCUAUGCAAAAUCUCCCAAAUGUCAGAUUGUUGACUGGGUCUGUCUAGCACGUGAAUAUGCUUAGGUUUAAACUGUUCAACUGUGAUCAGCUUUCCUUACCGAAGAAAAUCAUCGGCAAAAUGAUGCCACCACUAUGUUUCACUCUGGGAAACUGUUAAAGUGACUGUGCAGUGUUAGUUUUCUAGCACUAGAUUUCACUAAAUAAUCAGGUGAUCUCUGAAGGCAAUGGAUUUUAUUUAAAUCCGAGUAUCACAGUUAUGGGGGUGGAUACAAGACUUCGGGUUUUUAUGAUGUACCAGUAGGCCAUUAUUCCUUGGCGUUAUUCCUCUCUCUCUCUGCACACUUUCUGAUUAUUGUUUUAAAAAUAAUCUUUAAAAAGUAAAUCAUUUUCAAUGUACUUUAAUUAUUCACUGCUUUAUGUUGGUCUUUCCUAUAAAAUUAUAAUGUAAUACAAUGAGUAGUCUGGUUGCGACGUCACAAAAUGUGGAAAAUUCAAGAGUUUUAAAUAGUUUUAUAUAGGACAGUCAAUGCCAAGAGAACAAACUUUGUUUUUUAUUGUCACCUUUUUAUGUAACUUUAAAGAAAUAUUCUUGAAUAAAGGUGUCUUGAGUUUGUGUGUAUAUAUAUCUAUAGUUAUAGAUGUAUCUAUAUAUGUUUGUGCAUUAAAGUGGUUUAACCUAGCGGUUUUCAAAGCCAAGUAGCGCUAAAGUGUAAAAGCUCUGCACUUUUUAUAACACCAGAGCUUUUAUGUUGCUUUUUUAAUUAUCUGCCUAAAGAUCAAAUUGUUCUGGUAACAUAUAUGCUAUAACUUUUGGAGCAGAAAUUCAAAACAGAAAAUAACACAAGAAGUUGGUGAUAUUUAUUGUUUAAUAAAAGAUUGCCGCCAUCUU